UCAGUUUCAGUCGUUUCAGUGCCUCAGUGGUUGUCUGAUGUUCAAGGGCAUAUCUAGCAAACAGUUUACGGUGAAAAAAUAUCGAAUACCGGCAAGUAUUUUUUUGAUUGCGGAGAUUAUUCAAUAAAUAAAAUAUGGCUAAAACGAUUUCUUGUGGUGGAUUGAACAUGCCCACGGUAGGAUUGGGGACAUGGGAAGCCAGAGACGAUAGCGAGAUAGAGACAGCACUAAACGCAGCUUUGGAACUUGGCUACCGUCACAUCGACACAGCUGCCGCAUACGGAAACGAACAUGUCAUCGGAAAAGUCUUGAAAAAAUGGUUCGAUUCUGGAAAAUUGUCUAGAGACGAUCUGUUCAUUGUCACCAAACUACCAGCUCCAGGCAUACAUCCUGAUAGGGUUGAAAAAUAUUUGACAAAAUCGUUGGCUGAUCUGCAGUUGGAUUAUCUCGAUCUCUAUCUUAUACACUUUCCUGUUGGGAUAAAAGAAGGAGAAGGGCCUCCACAAUUCGAAAAAGAAGAGCACAAGGCAUUAUGGCAGAACAUGGAAAAACAAGUUGAUGCUGGCCGAACAAAAACUAUUGGACUCUCCAAUUUUAACGUAAAACAAAUUGAUAAAUUUUUGAAAUUUGCCAGAAUUAAACCUGCUUGCAAUCAAAUCGAACUACACGUAUUCUUACAACAACCAGAGCUGGUUCAGUUCUGCCAGAAAAACAAUAUUGUAGUGACGGCAUAUUCACCGCUUGGAAAUCCGGGUUACAACACAUUUUUGAAACGUAUUGGAGUAGAGGAGCGAACAGAUUUAGUCAACGUACUCACCAACCCAAUUAUCACAGAAAUAGCCAAAAAACACAACAGAAGCAAUGCGCAGGUGGCUUUAAGAUUCUUAAUACAGAAAAACACCGUCGUCAUUCCAAAAAGUGUCAAUCCUGCAAGAAUAAAGAGCAACUUUGAACUAUACGAUUUUAGUCUCGAUGAUGCAGAUAUGAAGAAAAUUGAAACUCUAGAUAUUGGAGAAGCUGCUCGAAUUGUCGACUGGAGAGUUUAUCCUAAGAUUGAUGAGCAACCAGAAUAUCCAUUUGCAAAGAAGUAGUAAUAAUACCUACCUAAGUCGAUUUAUGUUUGCUUUAAAAGUUUUAAUGAUAUAAUGUUAACAUGAAUUAGACACACAAGUUUGUUAAAGCAUAAUGAUGUUGUAAAAUGCACUUUGCCAUUAUAUUAUAAAUAAAACAUAAAAACGUAU